UCUGUUUUGCCUUUCCCGCAAAAUCACUUUCCCCCGAAGAACGCCGAUUAGGGUUUCAGUUUCACUAACACAAAUGAUGCUCUCAUGGUCAUGGACGUCUUCCUCAUCAAUCGAAUUACCUCAAUCAGCCAUCACUGCUGCAGCUGUGAAGCCCUCAAUUUCUAUACCCCUAAGUCUAACCCGAAAUUCCCGCAAUGCACAUUCUCCAUCGCCAAAAUUUCGAUUUGCGAUUAAUCAUCGCUCGAGUGUUCGAGCGCUCAGUUCUUGCCCCGCCUCAAGUUCCUCCGUGGAGCAACGAGAGUCACCUUCCCCGAAGCUGUUCAUAAAAGGAUUGGCACGGUCGACAAGGGAGGGUCAGUUGAAGAAGGCGUUUUCGGAGUUUGGAGAAGUCACCCGAGUUCAAAUCAUCAGGGAUAAAGAAUCCGAGCAAUCUCUAGGAUACGGGUUUAUCUGGUUUUCUAGCGAAGAGUCAGCAAAUUUUUCUGUGAAGGAAAUGAAUGGCAAGUUCUUCUAUGGCAGGUUUAUCCUCGUCGCGGUUGCGAAACCCAAUCUUCAUAAAAGACUAGAAAACACAACUCCCUACAGGUUCUGACACUCAAUCAAGGAAAAGGACGUACGAGAAGUGACUGAAUAAUGGCAUCGCUGAAGACGAGGAAAUGCCAAGAUUUGCAUCAUGUCAUAUCAGCUAGGGACUGACUGCAGGAAGAAAUCAUAAGUCUGAUGAACUCUAAUGGUACUGCUGGUGGUGGUGGGGAUACCCAAAAGAAAGGGCAAAUUUUUUGAAGAGAAAUUUGCCACUUUUCCUUAUUUUUCUUUGUUUUCUGGGCCUGUAAUUGCAAGUAUUUGCUUAUCGGUGGCUCUAUCAUUGUUCCAUGAAAAGGACUAUGGCGGGGACCACUUUGACGAUGAAGAGGCUCUCAUGGUAGAUGUACACUAUAAAAUAUUACAUAUAAUCCUAUCUUUUAAGAACAGGUUUGGUACG